UGCCUCUUCUCACAAAGAGUUUCCUCAGCUGUUACCUGUUCAAGACAUGGAUAUCAAAAACUCACCAUCUAGCCUUAGCUCUCCGGCUUCCUACAACUGCAGUCAAUCUGUCCUACCCGUGGAGCACGGCCCUAUAUAUAUACCUUCCUCCUAUGUAGAGAGCCACCAUGAAUAUUCCGCCAUGACGUUCUAUAACCCUGCUGUGAUGAAUUACAGUAUUCCCAGCAGUGCCAAUAACUCAGAAGGUGGACCCGGUCGACAGAACACAAGCCCAAAUGUGUUGUGGCCAACUCCUGGACACCUCUCUCCCUUAGCGAUCCAUUGCCAGUCGUCACUUCUGUAUGCAGAACCUCAAAAGAGUCCUUGGUGUGAAGCAAGAUCACUAGAACCCACCUUACCUGUAAACAGAGAGACACUGAAAAGGAAAGUUAGUGGGAGCAGUUGUGCCAGCCCUGUUACUAGUCCAAGUUCAAAGAGGGAUGCUCACUUCUGUGCGGUCUGCAGCGAUUAUGCAUCUGGAUAUCACUAUGGAGUCUGGUCUUGUGAAGGAUGUAAGGCCUUUUUUAAAAGAAGCAUUCAAGGACAUAAUGAUUACAUUUGCCCAGCUACAAAUCAGUGUACGAUAGAUAAGAAUCGGCGCAAAAGCUGCCAGGCCUGCCGACUUCGGAAGUGCUAUGAAGUGGGGAUGGUGAAGUGUGGCUCCCGGAGAGAAAGGUGUGGGUACCGUGUUAUGCGAAGGCAGAAAAGUUCGGAUGAGCAGCUGCACUGCCUGAGCAAAGCCAAGAAAAAUGGUGGACACGUGACCCGAGUGAAGGAGCUACUGCUGAGCGCCCUGAGUCCGGAGCAGCUGGUGCUCACGCUACUGGAGGCGGAGCCGCCCCACGUGCUCGUGAGCCGCCCCAGCACGCCCUUCACCGAGGCCUCCAUGAUGAUGUCCCUGACCAAGCUGGCCGACAAGGAGCUGGUGCACAUGAUAGGCUGGGCCAAGAAAAUUCCAGGCUUUGUGGAGCUCAGUCUCUACGACCAAGUGCGCCUCUUGGAGAGCUGCUGGAUGGAGGUGCUGAUGGUGGGGCUGAUGUGGCGUUCCAUUGAUCACCCGGGCAAGCUCAUCUUUGCUCCAGACCUCGUUCUGGACAGGGAUGAGGGGAAAUGCGUAGAAGGAAUUCUGGAAAUCUUCGACAUGCUCUUGGCAACAACUUCAAGGUUCCGUGAGUUAAAACUCCAACACAAAGAGUAUCUCUGUGUCAAGGCCAUGGUCCUCCUCAACUCCAGUAUGUACCCUUUAGCUGCGGCAACCCAGGAGGCUGAGAGCAGCCGGAAGCUGACUCACUUGCUGAACGCAGUGACCGAUGCUCUGGUCUGGGUGAUUGCCAAGAGCGGGAUUCCCUCCCAGCAGCAGCCCGUGCGCCUGGCUAACCUCCUGAUGCUCCUUUCUCACGUUAGACAUGCCAGUAACAAGGGCAUGGAACACCUGCUUAACAUGAAAUGCAAGAACGUGGUCCCAGUCUACGACCUGCUGCUGGAGAUGCUGAAUGCGCACACGCUUCGCGGGCACAAGUCCUCGCUCACCGGGGCCGAGUGCAGCCCAGCAGAGGAGAGUAAGCGCAGGGAGGGCUCCCAGAAGCCCCCGUCUCAGUGAUGCCCAGUCCCAGGCGAAGAGGCCACAGAGGAGGUCAGAGGCUGCAGUGUGAACUCCAGUGCAAACCGUGAGCUCCAUCCGGGAGCGGGCAGCCUUCACCGUCUUGCUCGUGUGUGGUCCCUCAUUUGGUUAUGGCAGGCCCAGUCAUGUACCGUCCUUCACCCGACCUCCCCACUUCCCGGGAGUCAGGGUGAGAAAGCUGCAGUGUUCCUUGGUACCAUGGGGCAUGUUCGAAUGUGGACUUUACCUCUUACUCGGCCUCAUAGGAUCUCAGUGUGGUCCCUUUCUUACUUUCCAUCUCCCUUCCACCCCUCUGGAAAACAUGUUAAAGGUUUGGGAAUGAAUGGUGGGAAUCCGCCGUGGAAGGUUUGUACAGUAGAGAGGGAAGAGGCUGGGGCCCUUAUAGGAAGUGGACCAAGCUUUACUGUGCAACCUAACCUGCCCUCAGACCUCCGUUUGCUCUCUUCAGGGCCACUUGAUGGUAGGCUGGGAAACCAUGACAACGAACAAACUAGUUCCACACACCUACCUCACAGGCCUGUGAGGACUGAGGUCACGUAUCACUCUUACUGUUGAAGGCCAGAGGGAUUGUGACCUGGGGAGCCAGUGGUCAGGCUGGGAGGUGAGCCAUGCCCUUCCCCCAGACCUUGCUGCCAUCUCCAUAGAGGUUCAUUCUUCUUGAUUUGCAUUCUAUAGAGCCUGCUAAUUAUUUGGGGGUGCAUUUAUGUUUGUGAUCACUUUUAUGGAGGAUUGUGGAGAUUUAAAUCUCUCUGCCCCUUCCUUAAAACCCUCUUGUCCCACAGAGCCCAGUGUGUGCUGGAGAAAGGCCCAGUGUUUGCAGGAAUGGGUUUCUCCUGUGGGUUUGGGUCACAGCCACGUUGCUUCCCUGGGGCAGUCAGGGAACCAACCGCCACAUCAGCCAUCCACAGACAGGGGCACGUCAGGCUGUGUGUGCAAUGCAUGCUGUUCCAUGGAAAGAUGAAGGGCUACUGACACACCUGUGUGUCAGGUUCAGGGUCAGACUUGGUGUAGUGUAGACUUGGUGAGCAUAUCACCUGAGCAAGACCUGGUUUGUGAACCCUACUUAAAAAAAAAAAAAUUUAGAGAUAGUUAUUUAUAGCAAGAAAGAAUUCUUUUACACCCUUGGGCUCUUUUAAACUAUUUUCUUAUCAGAACAUUUA